GCACAAACGGGACAUCAAAAGAAAAAUGGGAAAAAUAAAAAAAUCUAACUGCUGAAUCCUAAGGUCAAAGGUCAGAUCUGUCACGUGGUUGACACCAGGAAGCUGAGAUGCAGUUUCUAUCCGCGGUCACUUCCCUUCUCUGUACAGUCGAGCAGAAACAAGGAUCUCUCGACUUCAAUGAGCUGCGUUAUCAAGGAUGAUAAGAAUCACAGAGGAGCAACAACUUCCCAGUGACUCUACAAUUGUGGACUGUCAAAAUAAAAUCUCACUGAGCCUUUUCUUGCACCUUUCUCUCAUUCCAGCAGUCCUGAUUACAGGAGUGUUGUCAUUUCUUCAGAGACGAGCACAGAGACGGGCCAUUGACCACAGACUGCCAUUUCUAAAGGGGCGUUUUGGUAUUGUGGUACCUUUGGAUACAAUAGGCAGCCUCAGCAACCGCUGGUCCUAUGGCUUUGCGUUUGGCGCAGUGUCCAGCAGCGUUCUGCUGCUUUUUUCUGAGCGUUACAUCCCCUUUACAGUCCCACCGUGGGCCAGAGCGGUAGUGUACCUUGUCGGAGCUUUAGAAGUGGGUCUGGUGUAUUUCCCAUUUUUCGCCUGUCUGUCCACACCAUUCAGAACGGUCGGCGCAGUGCUGGGGAUACUCUACUCCAUACCCUGGAUUGUGAUCACCGUCUGGGAUACAGCCGUCUGUCCUCGUGGAGAGGUUUUGGGUAAAUACCAGAAGAUAAUUUCCCAGUGGCCCUGCAUCCUCUCGCUUGUCUUCCUCUUGGGACGAUUUAUUUACAUGCUGGUUAAAGAUGUGCGCAUACGUCUGCAACUGGAAACAGCGGAUCCCGAAGAGCUGAUUGAUCAACACCAGGUAAACCACGUUAAGCGGCUACUGAGAACACCACAACAAAGUAAACCCCUCAGCUGGUUCCAAACACGAGUGUAUGACUGGGACCCGUACUUCAAGUUUCCAAACAGGAUCAUUGGCACAUCCAUUAUAUCCCUCAUAGGCCUAUAUACGAUGACACUAGCAGACUACAGUCUCAGUGACGUUGCCUUUGACCGAAUAGAGGAAUGGAAGAAUACACUACAAGACAUUACUGGCUCUUGCAACCAGACACAAGCGUUGGCAUACAUGAUACCGCAGAUAGAAGAGUUCAUCGACGUGGCCAGGAAGUCUUGGCUUGCCACCACCAUCUUUGCCAGUCUCAACUCUGUUGCGUACACCUUCCAUAUCUUAGUAUGCUACAGGAAACACUUGAAGAGACUUUGGAGGGGUCAGAAAGGUUUUCUUCCAGAGAAGUUCCACAAUCCUAAGUCUGCAGUCAGCGUUGCGUCCAUUGCGAGAUACUCUGGAUGGCAAAUAGCUUUCACUUUAUGGGGCUACCUGAUUGUCCAUUUUGUCCACUUCCUGUUUGCCCUUCUGUUUGCCUACUUGCUGGUUCUUCCCAUACAGCAUGGGAAAGUCCUGACCAUGCUGUCAAACCUGGGACUCAUUCUCCUGACCAUUGGAAUGGUGGUCGGCUUGGUGAUUCUCCAGGUAGUUCUGGUUCAGAUCUUCUUUCUUCAGGACAAAAUGUCCCCCAGUGAUAAGCAGAAACCUCUGGCUCUCAACAACAGGAAGGCGUUCCACUGCUUCAACUACUUCUUCUUUUUCUACAACGUGGUGAUGGGGAUCAGCACCUGCAUACUCCGCCUGCUGUUUAGCAUAGUGGUUGGAACAUGGUUGGUGUCCCGCAUUGACCGAACCAUAAUGCAGAGAGGAUAUGAAAACCUGGAUGCCGGCUACAGUACAUGGAUAGGGAUGAUCUUUGCCGAUCAUUAUCACAACAACCCAGUCAUGGUGUGUUUCUGCCAGCUUCUGGUCUCAAGCACAAUAGAGAAACACAAUGCGACUGCAUACUCCUCAUUUGAGAAUGCUCAAUCAGCAUCCCCACUCAACAGCCGAGCCAGGAGGCGUUGGGCGUUGCUUUACACCCUGCUGAAGAACCCUCCUCUGAUCCUGUGCAGGAAACACAAUCUCUCCACGGCAACGUCAUCAUCACCCACCCAGACGGAGACAGAAGUUCGGGCUUGGGUCAUGGCAUCACAAAUACAGAACCAGCAAUCGGCACCACAGGGAAUACCAGAAAUAAUAGUCACAGCAGAAGAAGACUGUUAAAAAAUUUAAAAAACUGUAUGGCUCAGCAGAAUUUUAAGCUGUUGAACAACUUGGAUCAAAUUACUUAAAACUGUGGUAGAUUCUGUUUUAUAACGGGAAGUAAGUGUUUUCAAAGGCAUUUGAAUUGUUAAUUUAUUGCAUCUUCUUUUGAGGCAGCGAUAACAAACGUUAUCACGGCUGCAGAAGUGAGCCGACUCUUUUUAAUUAUUAACUGUGGGAGAUUUCAGAGAUGUUAUGUUGUUGUCUAGAAUGCGUAUGUCUGUUCAUGGUUGUUGAAACUAUGUCACUUAAUUGUCAAUGCAAAAAUAAUUGUGAGGUACAAAAACAGUUUUCAAUGGUUUUAAACAGCUUUAACAUUUUUUUUUCUUGUUUGCUACAUUAAAAACUUGUCAAAUGUG